CCUCAAUACAUUGCAGUCCGUGAUGCAUCAACACUGCAUUUUGAACUCUACAAUGGCAUUGUCCUUUUAACAAAAAAAAAUUACCAUACCUGUCGAGAUCUUCAUUCGAAUAUCGCCAUAUGUUUUUUUAAACCUCACGGCGCGCAUAAUUCCAGUUACUGUCAAUAGCGCAGCCCUUGCGACCGCAGAUACCCCACGACUACAGCGAUCCGACAGCGACCAAACGAGACGACGACGACUAAACAACCAAGGCCACAGUCAUGGCACGUACCAUGGGCACAAGAACCAUAGGCAGCUCGACACUGAGCGGGAGCUCAGUAGUAUACGAAGAACACGUUAUUAGCCAUGUUCGCACAUACAAUUGGCCGCCACUGCAGCUCAACUUUUGGAUCUUCGUCAUGCUUCUCGCCUCGACAAGCAUUGUUGGUGUCUUUUCAACAUUUAUACAAAUACAAACCCAGUUGUACCUGCCGAUUCCCUGGUACUUUCCGUACUUCAUCACCGUCGCAGCGCUCGUUAUUGUUUUUGUUGCCACCAUGAUAUGGCUGAUUGCGAAUCGACGAUUACUACCCGCCAUAGUUAUGAUUGGAUCAUUUCUAUUAUUUAUUUUGUGGAUGGUUGGAUUGAUCUCAACUGCUGUCGAGCUCUGGGGCCCAACUGGAUCGGUGGCAGGUAAUUGCCAAUUGCAAGUCUUUAACCAGAACCCGACAGGGGCGACGAUGGAGACUCUAGCUUGGCUUCAACAGAAGAGCAUAUGUAAGUUUAUGGUUCUUGUAUCUGGAUCGCUGAAUUGCAGUCGCUAACUUUGAGGAACAGGUCAAUCGUGGUAUUUGGUCUUUUCUAUGGCGCUGACGGGCGCACUUUUCUUUGUGUGGGUAAUGGUCAUGUCGUACCGCGUGUUUGUUCAGUCAUGAUAGCGUGUUUUUGGAUAAUGAAUGUAAGAAUAGUAAUUUUUAAUAUGAAUGUAUAUGUAUCGAAAUACUCGUCGCGUAUUCUGUAUGUGCUCCGUUACGCUCGCAAGAGCAUUUGGGUAUAGGCGGGGUACCACUGGCUAAUAAGCUGCCGUGAAGAACGUUGCUUCAACGUUGGAAAUUGAAGUGUUUUUACAACGGCCGCUUUUGGGAUCAGGCAUAUUCUUA